UAUCAAUAAUAAACGGUGGUUACUAUGUCAACAAAUUACAACAUCAACUUAACUGAUAAUGCACUAAAAAAAAUUCACUCUCUUGCAGAGCAGGAAGGGGAUAAGAGUUCCAUUUUACGGGUUGCAGUUUCAGGUGGUGGAUGUUCUGGCUUCAAAUACAAUUUUCUUAUGGAUCAAAUGAAUAAAAAUCUAUCUUUGGAUGAUGAAGACGAUGAUUACGAUGAUGAGUUUGAUGACGAAGACGAAGAUGAUGACUAUGACUAUGAAGAAAGUGAGGACUAUAGAAGCCACUCCAGUUUUAGCGAAAAAGGUAAAGAUAUAGUAAUUAAUGAUGAAAAUGGAAACCCUGUAUUAAUGGUUGAUAAUUGUUCAGCAAAAUUUUUAAAUAACUCAGUUAUAGAUUAUACUGAGGAUCUCAGUGGUUCUGGUUUUCAAAUAAAGAAUGCCUUUGCUAAGUCUCAAUGUGGUUGUGGUAACAGUUUUUCGGUUUAAUUAUUACUAAAACUUAGAUGCCUUCUGGAUCUUUUAAACAUGGGUGGUAAUGUAGCACUAGAACUAACUUCCGUAGAUAAAAGCUUCAAGAACAAUUCUGCUGUUGUAAAGGAUAUCAACUUAAGUGUCACAAGAGGGCAAGUAGUAGCGCUGAUUGGCGAUUCAGGUGCAGGGAAAACAACUAUAUUGCAAAUCGCAGGCUUGUUGGACAAGCCAACUUCAGGUAUAGUUACGAUAGAUGGAAUAAAUUGCACACAAGCCAGUAAUAAGCAUAAAACUCAUGUAAGAAGAAAUUUUCUUAGUUUUGUUUAUCAAUUUCACUAUUUGUUACAAGAGUUAUCGGUGUUGGAAAAUAUUAUGCUUCCUCAACUCAUUGCAG